AAGGGGCCAGCGCGUCUAGCCAGCUCAAAGUGCCACGACUUCACAGACCACGGAUUCUCCACUGGACUGAGGGAGAGCUCGGGAAAAAAUCAAGUUAGCUAGAGAAAAAAGGUAGCUACACGCCUGACUUUCACCCACAGCCCAAAGCUUUCUGUCCUCCGCAUCUCUCUCAAGCAAGCAAGCGUAGCUACAUCAGAGAGGAUAACCAAACCUGAAAAAUGGAUAUCUAUGACCCCCAGACUCUUGGGAUUAUGGUGUUUGGUGGAUUCAUGGUAAUCUCUGCCAUAGGGAUUGCUUUAGUCUCCACCUUCUCCAUGAAGGAGACUUCUUAUGAGGAGGCACUGGCAAAGCAACGCCGAGAGUUGGGCAAAAUGCAGCCGCCUCGCACUGAUAAGAAGAAGAAGGACAAGGCAUCUGAGAAGAAGAACCGUGGAAAGAAGAAGGAAGAAAAGCCGAAUGGAAAAAUCCCAGAGCCUGAGAGAAUCCCAGAGGCCCCUGAAGCUGAUCUUGUCCCUGAGCCUGCUUCUGCCCCUGUUGUAGCUGCUGCUCCUGCUCCUGCUCCUGAACCUGUCCCUGCCUUUGAGCCUAAGCCAGCUCCAGCCCCAGCACCCGCAGACACCCAGCCCAAGGCCACUGCUGCCCCAGGCCCAGUUGUUGUUGAGUCCUCACCUGCUCCCUCACCCAAAGAUAAAAAGAAGAAAAAGGUGGCCAAGGUGGAGCCGGCCUCUACUCAGACAGCCCCAGUUGCCCCAGCUCCAGCCAAAUCUGCCCCUGCCCCAGUCAAGUCUGCCCCUGCUUCUGCCCCUGCCUCUGCCCCGGCCAAGUCUUCCCCUGCUCCUAACUCUGCCCCUGCCACUGCCACUGCAUCUGCCCCUCCCCCAGCCAAGUCUGCCUCUGCAUCAGCCAAGUCAGCUCCAGCUCCAGCUCCAGCCCCGGUCAAGCCUGCCUCAGUCCCAGUCAAAUCAGCUCCAGCUGCAGCUAAGUCUGCUGCUGCCCAGUCCAAGUCUUCUCAACCCCCAACCAAGUCUGCCCCAGCUCCCUCCAAGUCUGCUGUGCCCCCUAAACCUGCCCCAGUGCUAGAGGCUGUCAUCAAAGAGGUCCCAGUGAUGGCAGUGCCCCCAGUGGGAUCUCAGCAGACUGCCACUGUUGCAGCAAAACCACAGGAGCCCAAGAAGAAGGCCUCCAAGAAAAAAAAUGAAACUGCCGCAACAGUGGAUUCAGCUGAUGUCCCCCUGUACCUGCCUUACAAGUCUCUGGUUUCCACCAUCAGUAGCAUGGUGUUCAGUGAGGGAGAGGCUCAGAGGCUUAUCGAAAUUCUGUCGGAGAAGGCUGGCAUCAUUCAGGACUCAUGGCAAACGGCCACUCAGAAAGGAGAUCCAGUGGCAAUGUUGAAAAAGCAGCUGGAUGAGAGGGAGAAACAGCUUGCAGCUGAACAAGAGGAUGCUGCGGCAGCUAAGAACCGUCUUAGAGAACUCUCUAAGGAGCUGGCUGCUGAGAAAUCCAAGGUGGCCAGUGUUGAGACCAGGCUGAGUUCCCAGCUGAGUAAGCGAGAGCAGGAGAUGAUUGCUCUGCAAGCUCGCAUGCAGGCCAGUUACCAGGACCAUGUAGCCCAGACCCAGAGGCUCAAUGCCAAGAUCCUCAGCCUGCAGGACCAACUGGAGAAAGGUCCUAAUGCCCAACUGGCCCGUCUGCAGCAGGAGAACUCCAUUCUCCGUGAUGCCCUCAACCAGGCAACUAGCCAGGCUGAGAGCAAACAAAAUGCAGAGCUGGCCAAGCUGCGUCAGGACUGUGCUAAACUGACCAAGGAGCUUGGGGAGAAGACAGAGAGUCUGCAGGCUGAUGAGCACAUCAAAAGAAGCCUGGAGGCCAAGGUCACUGCUGCUGAGAAGCAGCUCUCCGUGCUGCAGGCCAGUCAUGCAGAGGGUGAGCAGGCUUUACAGAGGAGACUGGAGGAGGUGUGCGAGGAGCUCCGGGCAGCACAGAGCAACAACAGCACCCUGCAGGCCAGCAUGGAGAAGGCCCAGCAGGACAGCAGCACUGUCUCAGAGCUUCAGCUGCGUGUUGCAAGUAUGGAGUCUGAGGUUAGGGAGCGCUCUGCCCAGGUGGAUGCCCUCACUGCUCAGCUGGAGCAGACUCAGGGAGAGAAGAGGCAGCUUGAGCAGCAGGUGGCCUCCAUCAACUCACUGCGAGAGGCAAGUCAGAACAAAAAGGAGGAGGAUAACAACCAGGUGAAUUCAGCAGAACUGGAACAGCUAAAGCUCAGCCUCCAGGAGAGGGACAACCAGUUAAACACGCUUCACGAGGAACUGAAACAGAUACAGAUGAAGCAGGAAGCAGCUCAGGAAAACACUUCUGAUGAUCUACAACAGAGAAAUAACAGUGAAGAUGCCAGCCUUAUAGCGUCGCUUCAGGAUGAGCUUAAAAAUGUCAAAGAAGAAAUGGAGCAACUGAAGAGUACACCACAGACAGAUAACUCUGCAGAGCUGGCACUACUGCAGAGCAGUCUGACUGAGAGGGAUGCCCUAGUUACGUCGCUACAAGAGCAGCUGAGAGAAGCAAGGGAAAAAUCACCAGCCGAUGAUGGUCAGGACAUGAUUGCACAACUGACAGCAUUUCAAACUGAAGCCAAAGAAACUCUUCAGACACUUUUCCCACAGAUACCCCUGGAGACAGAGCAGGCCGACUGGUUACAAGCCUUUGCACAGAAAGCUCAGGAGGCUCUCACUCACAGCCAGCAGAGCCAGGAGUCUCAGUCGAACACAGAGUUGCCUGAGUUGCUCGAGAAACUGAAGGAGGCCGAGGAGAGCCAUGGGACACUGCAGGCCGAGUGUGAACAGUACAGGACAGUCUUGGCUGAAACGGAAGGAAUGCUGAAAGACUUGCAGAAGAGUGUGGAGGAGGAAGAGCUGGUAUGGAAAACCAAGAUGGCUGCCACAGAGGAGCAGUUGAGGACGGCUUUGGAGAAGGCCCACACACUGGAGGCGGCUGUGGAGAGCUUGAAGACUGAAAACCAAAGUGUAGAUCAGUUGAAGGAGCAGGUGAUGCUUCUGGAGGCCCAGCUGGAGAAGCAGUCAGAGUCUGCCACAUCAGACAGCCAGGGGAGCUCUGAGGAGAUGGCACAGCUGAAGCUGCUGCUGUCAGAGUGCCAGAGCCAGUUGGACUCGGCCCAGAAGGAGGCCCAGGCACACAAGGUGGAGCUCGCACAGGUCAAAGAGCAGCUGAGCGAAGCCACGAUGCGGGCUCAGCGAGAGCAGAACGGCCCAGCUGAGGCUCAACCCAGUCAGGUCCGGUGUGAGUUGAAUCAGACAACAGAGAAGCUGCUCGGGGAGGAGGCUCGGACGCAGCAGCUCUCUGAGGAGUACGAACAGGCGCAGAAGACUGUAUCAGAACUCCAAGCUCAACUGGAUCUCCUGAAGACCGCUGGAGAUUCACCGCAGGCUGACACAGAAGAUGUUGCUCAACUAAAGGAGCGUCUGGAGAAGGAGAAGAAGCUGUCCAAAGACCUGGGCCAGGCGGCCACCAAGCUCCAGCAGCUUCUCAAAGCCACUCAAGAGCAGCUCACCAAAGAGAGGGACACGGUCAGAACAUUGCAGGAGCACCUGGAGAGCAAGGGAGAGUAUGUGGAGCUGAAGGAAGGAACGUCUGUCUGAGACUAAGACUGCAGACACUACACAAAACUACCAAAUAUGCCUUAUGAUUACCAUAGUUAUGCAUUCCAAAACUUUUUUUUUCUCUUGUACUGUAGUUAAUUGCAUUUGUUGCAACUUUAGGAAUCAGAUGUUUGAUAUUAUGAAGAUUUCAAUGUAAGAUUAGAGGAGAAAUCCUGCUGCAAACUUUAUUGAAACCCACAUUCCAUCAACAAUUCUGGCUAUGUCAGAAGUUAUUUAUCCCCCUGCCUUAUCCCACAUAUUUCCCCAUAGUUCAGUGUUAAAAGGGAAACUGAUUGUACGUCAAACGUACAUCAACCUGUGCAAUUACUUUGUAUGUGUCUUUUCUAUGUGGUUGAAUGAUGGGAACAUUUUAUGGUACAACGAUGCAAUACAUUUCGGGUACGCUACCCUCUGUAGCUUACUGCCAACGACCCAGUAUGAAUUUGAAUUUGUAUGAAUGAAUAAACUACAGUGUAGCUAUGUGA